AUGGCUGAUAGUUGGACAGAUGUGAGGCAGCAAACAUUGAUUAAUUUCUUAGUCUAUUCUACAUAUGGAAUGGUUUUUGUGAAAUCUGUUGAUGCUUUAGAUUUGGUAAAAGAAUCUAGGACUUUGUUCUCAUUGUUCUGUAAAGUGAUUGAGUGGGUUGGUCCCAAGAAUAUUGUUCACGUGGUGACUAAUAAUGCUGCAAAUUAUGUAGCAUGUGGCAAGAAAAGACCAGGUUGGAAAGAAAUUGUGCGUCCUGGUGCAACAAGAUUUGCUACUACAUUUAUCAUGUUGCAUAGCAUAUAUAUGCAUAAGCAUGACUUGCAAACUUUGGUGACUGAUACGUACUUUGUAGAUCACAAAUUGUCAAAGACUCAAGCUAGAAUAAUUGUUACUGCCAUCAUAUUAGGUAAUGGCUUUUGGGGUGAUUGCUUAGAAAUUGUGAAGGUUGUGUCUCCUCUUAUAAAGUUGUUGAGAAUUGUGGAUUCAGAUGAGAAACCUUCUUUGCCUUAUGUUUAUGAAGGCAUGCAAAGGGCAAAAAAGCGGCGUCUUUUAUUGAAUCCUGCAUUCUUAUAUGAUGAGAACUUUAUUCACAAGAGAAGGUUAAUGGAUGCAAUGCUUGACGUGUUUGAGUCCAAUGAAAGUGAAGAAAUUGAUUAUAUUGUGAAGAUGAAGCAAUUGAGUUUGUAUCGUGAUCGUAAAGAGUCUUUUGACAAAACGUCAUGUCAGAGAGCAGCCCAGAAAUUAGAUCCUUAUGAAUGGUGGUCAUUCUAUGGAGGUUCUGUUCUAGAAUUGCAAACUCUUGCAAUGCGCAUUCUUAGCCAAACUUCUUCUUCUUCUAGCUAUGAAAGAAAUUGGAAUGAUAAAUAUAUGAAUGUUCUAGAGUCCCCACCUUUGCCUAAUGUUGCUAGUGGUUCUGGUUUUUCUCAUUCAACUCCUAAUGUCUCAAUGCCUGGAGAUUUGAAUGAAGUUAAUGAUAAUUUUGGAGUUGGUGAAUAUUAG